CAACUUUCUUCUCGUACUUUCGUUUUUUCUAAGCAUUAACGUAUAUUAUAUUUUUAAUACGGAUUUUCAAAACUGUAAAACCAUCACAUACUUUACAACGAAAAAUUCGGUCCAUCUCUGUAUAUACUGCUUCGUACGUACAGUAUCUUUUGAACUGGGAUAGUAACCGACAAAAACAAUAUCGAGUGCAUAAAUGUACAUCAAAUACUGUCGUGAUCAAAGGGAAGCCGACCCAGUGAACACCACGCACUAUAGGCUUAAUGCGACGGGCGGAAACUAUCGGCCUACGUAUCUUAUUCGAACUGCGGAUUGGAAAAGGGUACCGGGCGCAGAAGCAAAAAAUGGCUACUGUACACUAUCGUAUUGCUGGGAGCAAUCGGGAAGAAUCGUUCGAAAAGCCAAUGGCGAAUAUGAGUGCAUCGACAACGGCUUUCAUCAAAUUGUCCAAACAGUCAGAAAGCACAGCAGUACAGGUUUUUGGUGUCGCAAAAAGAAGGUUAUCAAGCAGGUCACAUACGAAUGCCUCUUGCAGCAGCUGUGCAAAGAUUUCCAGAUCGACUAUCUGUGGUACGACAAAAUUUGUAUCGACCAAUCAAACAAGCAAGCCAAAUACAAGGAGCUCAAGCAAAUGUACCUUAUCUACGGCAACGCGCGCUACACCGUUGCCUUGGUGCCUGAAAUGAAGAUCCACCAUCUGCGUGACUUUAAGAAUGAUUCCAAUGUCGUUGCAGGCACAAAUGCCAGGGACUGGGCUCUGGAUGACAUUUGCUACUCGCUCUGGUUUAAGCGCAGCUGGACUCUAGAAGAAGUCAUGAUGUCAAGACGGAUCCUGGUGGUAGGAACUGACGUGACAUUUUGGCAGCACAGUCUCUAUAGCAAGAUUCCAACCACGUACGACAUUUUAUCCGGUGAUUUGCUCGAUUUUAACAAUAGAAAGCACAAGAGCGCCAACCAGGCUCUUAGUGAGGCGCAUUUUCGAACCAGCACCAGGCAACAUGAUAAGGUGUUCGUACUAGCCAAUAUUUUUCCGGACAUGUUUGAUCGGAUGGAGAUUAGUUAUGACAUCGACCCGCAGACCAUGUUCCACACGUUUUAUCAAAACAUUAUAGCAAGCGACCUUUCGCUUUUAUGUUUUGGCUCGAUCCUAGACGUGUCCAAAACACCCACCAACAAGAGUACCAUGCUUGACCAUAAUUUACCCUCCUGGACUGGCAUCGGUGGAUUACAUGUUCCUUACCAUAUGACCACCGCUACAUCAUUCCAAGCGCCUUACAUGGUCGACGAUAAUAUGCAUUUGCAUAUUGUGUCUACAUACUGUACAUUGCCUAUCGAGCAGUACGACAACUCGUCCGACCCUGAUGAAAUUGAUGCUCAGAUGGAUGCCGUUCAUGACGCUUUAUUUAAGGGACAAGCUGUUGAUCGAAACAAAGCAGACGAGGACACAAUUUUACUCGAAAUGCGCUGCGAUAUGGAUGCUUUUGCUAAUUGCCAGGCCACUCACUACCAUCGAGGAAACCCCUUUGCGAAUUCCAGGCCGCUCUCGCUUACCGUAGAGGACUGCAAAGAAUGUAUCAUUUUACCCAUACUGUUUACUAACAAAUACGCAAUUAUUCGUGCCCAUGAUGGAGCGAUACGUACGGCUAGAGUGACAGGGUACAAAUAUUCGUACUUUAUGCCGGUUUUUAAAAAAUGCUCAGGAAGAUCUGGUCACUACAAAGGGAUUGGCAUUUAUUUCUAUGGUGAGCGGCCGGAUUACGAUGAUCCCAACGUGAUCUUGGAAGCCAUUGUUAAAGAUAUGGUAUCCUAUGGGUCUGAAGAAUUCAUCAUCGAAUAAAUUGAUUAUGUAAACGAUUAUUGUGCAAUCGCCACUUGUUCUUGUGAAUUUAUAGUGUACAUAUUCACUUUAUUGUAAACUGCCCAAUAGAUUCCUAAAGGCAUUUAUCACACAAUAAAAGACUUGAUGUGUGUGUAUGUAGGGCUAAUGGUAGGAGUAUCACUCUAAGUAGGG